AUGUCCGGUGGAUUCGAAGACAUCACUGCCGAUGGCCUUAUGCAAGGAAUGGGCGCAUGGGUCGAGACGGCGCUGGGCGUAUGGGUCGAGAUAACCCCCGGCAUUACAGUCGGGCCCGUCCAGAUUAUUCCUAUCACGCCUCCAUCCUCGGCUGGCGACGCUCACGUUUACCAAGUCGGCGCCGUUAUAUUUGAUGCCCUUUGA